AUGUUUCAUCCGAAGCAACCUGUUCCUCAGACUAUGAACCUAACUCAACCGGAGACGAUUCCGACGAUUCUGAUGUGUACAUCCGCCGCCGACUGGUCGAAAUCAAUGCGAAAUUUGCACAAGAACCGCUGCCAUCGGAAACNCGCUCCGUCUCCGGAAUUUUCUGGUCCGGAACAGUCAGAUGAGGCAUCAGCAGCACAAUGGCCAGACUCGUGGACAGAACUAGUGGAAGGUAUCGAACAAGAUCAACCACACACCGUGGAACAGCCAAUUGUACUGGAUGCUUCAUCUGACCUGCACAAAGUCCAAGUGAAUAUUCCAUCCGUUCAGAUCGAUGAUAACACGGGAUCAUCGGAAAUCAUGGAAGAGAAGUUGUUAGGGCCUAAUGAAUCACAACCAGAUGAAGUCACUGAUUCAAAAAAGGAGAAUAAAAAAGGAAAUGUCAAAGGGACCGGCAAACGUACGGGAAAAUCUUCACUCAAUUCGGAAUCAACACUUCCUAUUGUGCUGCGUUCACGGCCAAAAACAGCCUGGCAACCGUCUACUGGGGAUGAAAAGUCCACACUGGAUGAAGCUUCGAAGCUAAAUGCGGUAAAAGCCUUGGAUCAGGAAUUACGACAGAAGCAGUGGUCGGCUUGGUUGAAGGCGAAAACGCAACAGAUUCGUCAAGAGCGUGAACUCAAACAGCAUCAAGAAGCGGAACGAACUUACUUCACGGUCACACAUUCGAAGAAAGAAUGUGAAAAGGCGUUUCAGGAAUGGCUGCGGCGCAAAGCGAUGGAACAACAACAACGACUUCGGGAAGCUCGCCAACGAUUAAGAAUAACGCGCCAGGUGAUGCGACGUUGCCGAACAACACAACACAUGAUCCACACAAUAGAUCAAGCCAAAAUUUAUCGAUUGAUCUAG